AUGUCAGACUCUGUCACCACCACCCCUCAGAACGUGCUUCUCUUUCCGCGAAGAAAGACAGGGGAACAGCACAUCAUGUACAAAGGAAGAAGGCCUUUAGCUAUAGACCUGCCAAUGUUGGAGAGCUUCUACUCGAUGCCUCAGAUCCGAGCUGCGCGAGGUUUGGGCGUGUCUCUCACUGCCAUGAAGCACAUCUGUCGCAAGCUUGGCAUCGAUCGCUGGCCAUAUCGACGCCCAAAGAAAACUCGAGCAAGGAAGCAGAAGACUCUGCGAAAGACCACUGCGAGUGAAAGUUCUGCUUCAAAGAAAGUGAAACCACGAAAGCUACCGCCUCAUGCCGCUUGGAUUGAAAGCGCUCUGCCUCUCAGCAAGGAAUGGAUAGAGUUGUAUAUCAAUUGCCUUGACAACACUCCAGAGUUUAGCAAUGAUGCAUGA